AUGAUUAAAAUUGUUUUAAUAGUAUUAGGGGUGUCUUCUGUUUUAAGCUGGGCGCUACCAACAAACCUUGGUGAAUUGAAUUUACCUAAAUAUCAAUUAGGUGCCGAUAAUAUCCAAAUAGUUAGUUAUGAUGCAGAAAAUUUUAAUCCCGAUGUUACAAAUCAGUACCAUCUAUUUACAAGGUCAAACCCUUCGAGAAGUCAGCCUUUGGUUAUCGGACAUAAUAAUAUCCUAUCACAAUCCAACUUUAAUAAUAACAAGAGGACUGUGUUUCUUAUUCACGGAUGGUUCAACUCUGCUACCUCAGAUUUCAAUAGAGAACUUGUCCCAGUGUUACUGUCUGCCGAUGACCUAAACGUUAUUGUGGUGGACUGGUCUACUGGAGCAAAUUCACUAAACUAUAGGGUCGUAAAUGCAAACGCUGUGAAAUCAGGUGAAGCUGUUGCAAGAUUCAUUGCCUGGUUAAGCCAACAAAGUGGGAUAAGUUUGGAACAAAUUCAUCUCAUUGGUCAUGGACUUGGAGGUCACCAAGCUGGCGCUGCAGGGAGAGCUUCUAAUGGAAAAAUCGGUUAUAUUACAGGUUUAAAUCCCUCUUUAAUUGGCUGGGUUACCAACAUUGAUCGACUUUCUCCCAAUGACGCAUUAUACACAGAAGUGCUUCAUACAAACUAUGUACAGGGUUAUAUAGGCGACUUAGGACACGUUGAUUUCUAUUUUAAUGGAGGAAUAUCAAUGCCCGGGUGUGACUCAAACGAAUGUGAUCACGACAGAAGCUUCUUAUACUUUGCUGAGUCGAUAGUGUCAGGAGGUUUUACAGGAAGGGAAUGUUUGAACUAUUACGCCGCUGUUUUAGGGAUGUGCGAUUUCCACCCCGGACGUCUUCAAAUGGGCGGCUUAUAUCCCAAAAAUGGAAAAACUGGUGUCUACUACGUGGAAACGAACCCUUCCUCACCAUACUCACAGGGAUAA